AUGAUUAGGUUCACCACGGACUUGUACUCAUCAGUGAUGGCAAAGGACGAGGCAGGCCAUCCAGGCUUCUGCUUUCAAAAGGUUCUCCAUUUUCUUGGUUCCUUUAUCUCUAACCAGAAGGAAUUCGCCUGUCAACUAUUGCUUCAUUCGCUUAACAAUCAACAUUUCAUUUUUUGCGACAUUUCUCAAAUUCCAGAUCAACUCUCCAUAGAAAUACCAAGUGAUGGCACUGGAAAUGAAGCGGAAGCAGAAGCACCGGAAGAUCAGACACGUACAAUUGUAAUUAAACGCAAAGGUGGUGGAUUAGGAUUGUCAAUAAAGGGUGGCACCGAAAACUCACAAAAUUUGCCCAUCGUGAUAUCGAAAAUUUUUCCUGGAAUGCCGGCCGACCAAACUGGUCAACUAUACGUUGGUGACGCUAUAGUUGAAGUUAAUGGAGAACCAGUAGAAGGACGGUCUCACGAUGAGGUGGUGGAAAUUAAGUGCUCAAAACUGCUAAAAAGAAUCCGCUAUUCUUGUCAUUUUGGGCCAGCACAAUCACUGCAACCAGGAAGGUCCGGCGGCGCAUUGGAUAAAAUUUAUGAGCCAAAUACAUGGAAGUCUGCUAUGAAAGCCCAGUCUGAUCUCGGUCUCUAUGACGGUCGAGAAAAAUCUGUCGGCACUGAGGGCAAGGACGAGAAGUGGAAGACAAUCACAGUUAUACCUCUACCAAUGGCAUAUUUAACACGUUACCUAUGGGGUACCGACAAUCUAAGAACAAAUUCAUUCGAAGUGCGUGCUGUAGACGGUUCUUCAACUGGAAUAAUUCAUUGCGAAGACGCCCGUGCGCUUGAACAAUGGAUUGGACAUAUCAACAACCACAUCCAAUCGCUGAAUCAUAAGAGUAUCAAGAUGAGCAACAAGUAUUUACAUCAAAGCGAGCAGAUCUCCUACAUCGGCUGGGUGAACGAGUACAUGAGUGAGGGCUUGUCAGAAGAUCCAAAACAGAAAUGGGAGCCGCGAUUUUUGAUUUUAAAGGGUGGCGAUGUCUGCCUGUUUGAAAGCCCGCCGCUCAGCUCUGAAGAUUUAAACAAAUGCCUUUAUCUGUACAAAAGCUACGAUGUAGCCAUCAAACAGGUGAACUGCCCAUUUUUUAUCAUGCUAUUUGAUGAAAUAAAUUACGCCUUUUGGGUUCCAAAUGAUUCUCGCCGUUUGGACAAACGAGAAAAUUGUUUCUAUCUGGAAACAUGCAUGGCAGAUGGAACAAGACAUUACCUUUCAUUUGAAACACCUCAAAUGUUGGAAGCAUUUGAGACUGCUUAUCAUAAAAGUGUUUACGCCACAGUUAUAGCAAUGCAGACGAGGACCUUCGCCUGUAGUUACGAAGGCAGACCAAGCGGCUUAGUUCUAGACAUCAAACAAGGUAUAAGCCUGUAUGAUAUUCCGACUAAAAGUUAUGUAUGGCAAUACCGAUUCCGGGAUCUUCACUCAUCGUCAGACGAUGGCAAAGUUCACGUUCAGCUCGUUUUCCGAGAUGAUAGAUCUUUAGACCCGGCUAAACUUGAGACAAAGGAUAUCGAAUGUGACGAGGUUUUGGCCGUGACGUACAAUCUGCACUCCUUCCUUGUCACAAAAAUUGUCGCCGCCGAUCCUGACUUUCUCAAGCAGAAUCCACUUCUGUAA